AUGCACCUCAAACCACCCUGGGCCCCGUCGGUCACUGAGAUCGCGGCCUGUGAGGUGACGGGUACCCUGAUGCACUCACGACAGUGUCGCAAAGAUGCCACGCCGCUGGCUGCUCCCAAGAACGAAGCCACCCUCCCAGAGAGGUGGCAGGAAGCGGGGCUGGAGGAGGCUCGACUUUUUAGCCCGAGGAUGCCCUGCCUUCGAUGGGGAGCAAGCCGGUCCCCAGGGCAAAGCAGAGCAGCUGGAACCAGGAAGCGCCCGCCCGGAGCCGGAUGCAGAGCCUGCAGCCUGCAGCUCGGAGCGCCCUGA